UAAAACCAGAGGAGGGCCCCCUACUGCACUGUGACGCUCCUGUCGGAAUAAAAGAGAACUGAAAAACAUCUCCCCUCCUCGCCUGAGCAAAUAAACCCCGAACCAAUUUCCCCAACCAUGAGUUCGAACCUUAACGAGUCAGUUUCCUCGACGAAUGAGAAAUCGGACUCAUUGCCUCCAUCCCCUGCAUCUUCUCAGGGGGAACUCGAAGCCAGCCAACCAUCUUCUCCAUCAUCGUAUGAAGAUCCCUCAUUGUCGGCCAAGUCUGAUCUCCUCGUCAGAAAAUGGAAGGUCCUGCCUCAGAAGUUCACUCGCCGGAAAGCCAUUGCUCUGGGCAUCAUCUCUGACAAAGAACGCGACAAGAAAUAUGCCGAGAUGGGAAGGGUGGCCGACGAGGAUGCUGCAAAACUCAAGGAGGACCAUCUCAAACGCGGAAUAGUGAAGAAAGGAUCGUUGGAACUUCUGGGAAUAUUUCAAAAGACCAAUCCUAAAAAAGAAAAGUGGUUAAUGAAAUAAAAUCUCCUCAAAAAGGCAAGGUUAAAAAAGGAAUGAAGGAUGGCCAAGGAAACUCCAACAUUCGAAUAGAUCGAAUCCCCCAACAAUAUAAAUGAUGGACGAGCAGUUGAAAGGGUGUGCUUGAGCGAGAGAAGAAAGUUAAUAAAAAGAAGAUUUCCAUUGAAGCAUCUUAGAAGACCAAGUGUCUGUAACUACUGCUCAAUUAGGAGUUCUAGAUAUAAUUCUAUUUCCAUCUUCUUCUACUGUAAUGGGAUUUUUUGGAUUAGCUGUUGAUAGCUUCUUCUGGGUUGGUAUCUGUGCAGUGAGAAGCUUUGUUGUAAGCUGUGAGACUCUCUACCCGCAAGGUAGAGAAGCAUAACUCUUGCUAGAGAGAAUAGAGU